CUUCUCCCCGCGGCACGCAAGCGCAAACACUCAUGAACACAUGAGCUCAAAACACACGGCUUGUCAAUGGUUCUUACUGUCCGUGUUUUUCAUUCCACUUGAUUUAGUGAGUGUCGUUUUUACGCGAGAAAAUAAAUUUCUUUAUCAUUACAUGAAGUUUUCCAGUGUUUAAAACUAACCGCGUGCUAAAACGGAUAACAGCACUUGUUUUUUUGCAACAUCACAUGACUCAGUGAGUGAAACUCCACUGAUUGGUUGUUGAGAGUACGGGUAACCAAUUAGAACCGAGCCCCGCCUUCCUGUCACAUGGACUAGUUAAGACCAUAACAGGCACGAAAAUAGACUUUUUUCGUAAUUGAAGUCAUUGUGAUCGUAUGUUGUAAUACAUUUACUUGUAUAAUUACAAUUACUAAUGUUUAAAAUUUAGUUAAGUUUGUGACUGUAGAAAAAGACUUAGGUGUGAAGAGUUUGAGCUCAUGUGACGCAACACUGGCGCUGGAAGAUAAACAAGACAGUAAGGCACAGGAAGAGAUCAGAUUAAUGACGGAGUAACAGAAUGAAGUUAAUCUGGGUCUGGCUUUUCUCACUCUUUUUUCAAAACAUUUUCUGUGCUGUUCUUUCAGAAGGACACAAAACAAACGACAGUCCUAUAAUAGGUGUCCUAGCGCAGGAGGUGUACUCUCCUACACCAGGGAAGAACACCUACAUUGCAGCUUCCUAUGUCAAAUAUCUGGAGUCUGCUGGUGCUCGAGUGGUGCCUGUGAUGAUUAAUAGGACUGAAGAGGAAUACACCAAACUCUUCAGAUCUAUAAAUGGAAUCCUUUUUCCUGGUGGCGGCGCAAGCAUUCUAUCAUCUGGUUAUGCCAAAACAGCAGGCAUAUUCUACAAACUUGCACUGGAGGCCAAAUCAAAGGGAGAUUAUUUUCCUGUGUGGGGGACCUGCUUGGGCUUUGAGCAGCUCACACUACUGACUAGUGGAAAGUUACUGCUGUCACAUACCAAUACCAGUGGUGUUGCUCUACCACUCAUUUUCACCAAAGAAUCUAAGGAUAGCCGAUUGUUCAAGGAAUUCCCAGAGGACCUGAUCACAUCACUGGCAAAUGAACCACUCACAGAGAACUCUCAUCAGUGGAGCAUCACUACUGAGACAUUCACCGCAAAUGAGAAGUUGAAACAGUUUUACCAGAUUCUGAGUACAAACACCGACGGACAAACAGAGUUCGUGUCCACAGUGGAGGCAUACGAUUUUCCAAUUUAUGGAACCCAGUGGCAUCCAGAGAAAAAUGCAUUCGAAUGGACUCGUACGUACAUCCCCCACUCCAUCAGUGCUGUCAAGACCACUUUCUAUAUGGCCCAAUUUUUCGUCAAUGAAGCAAGAAAAAGUCUUCACAGAUUUCCCAGUCAAAAAGAGGAGCAGAAGGCGUUAAUCUAUAACUACCAGCCCACUUACACAGGAAAAAAGUCUUCAUUUGAACAAGUCUAUUAUUUUGAUUAGGUCUUUAUUUUACUUUUAUUAUGUUUUAAUUGUGACAAUCUUUGAACUCAUGUAAACUGUGUUGUACUUACAGCAUCUUCAGCACUGGAUUAAAAAAAAAAGAAAAGCUGCCAUGCUGGUGUUGGCUUUUAAAAAAAAAAAAAUUGUUUAUAACUGAAAAGUCUGUUUAUCAAUGGUGUGAUUGCAACUAUUCUGCUUCCAUCUGCUUUUGUUUAAAAAAAAUUUUUAUGUCAUUUGUAGGCUUGACCUAAACUGAACGCUAAUUUGAUGCAUGUUUCCAUGUUCAAAGCAUUUAAUCAGAAUAAAACUUUCCCUUUUUUAUGCACAAAUUGGUUCCGCUUGCUGUAAAGUGUUUAAUCUGCUGGAAAUAUGACAGAAGUAUUUAUUUUAUUUUUUUUUUACAAAUUUUAGUUUAAAUUAGGCUUCCCUUUUUUAUUUAUUUAUAAUUUUUUCAAUUAAUGCCAGCUUCUGCAUUAUAAAUGGCUACAAGUAUUUAGUUUAAUUUGGUUAGAUGCUUUAUUAUGUAUAGAACAUGGAGAUAAUUAAUGCUGCCACCUCCAGCAGAGACCCAGUGAGUGAAAGAUAGCUGGGAGAGGAUAGCUGUCUCAGAGUUUACAGAUCAGUAAUGGAAGCUAAAUUUGUCUCCUAGAACUUUAAGUCACUUAAAUGUUACCCCCACAUGGGGCAAAUAUGCGCAGAAAUUAUAUAUUA